AUUUCCGCGAUGUCUGACAUCCACCCCUGCCUCAACAUAGGAAGUUAAACACGCACACUAACAUUGUCAAACCUGUUAUUAAGAUAAAAUGAGCGAAAUAAAUCAAACACAAGUGGCUUCAGUUGUCAAAAAGGAAGCUACAUCAGAGGAAAUAGACUGGGCAGCUGCUAAAGCGCACUUUGAAAACUUAAAAUCAACGAAACCGAGACCCCCCAAGCCGAAAUAUGCAGUUACUAUCGCAGUUUCUUCCCGGACCUUGUUUGAUAUGGUGGCGGAAAGAAAGAUAUUUGAGGAAGAAGGACUGGAGAAGUAUGUUCAACAUCAGCAAGAUCACGAAAAUGAGCCGCUGACACCAGGACCUGCUUUACCUUUCGUUAAAGCACUGAUGACUGUAAAUGAACGACUGAGGAAUCUUUAUCCAGAAAGUGAGGAGCUGUUUGACAUUGUUCUCAUGACCAAUAACCACGCCCAGGUUGGGGUGCGACUCAUGAACAGCAUAAAUCACUAUGAUUUGUCGAUAGAGCGAUUUUGCAUGACUGGAGGUCAGAGCCCAAUUGGCUACCUCAAGGCCUACAUGACUAAUCUUUAUCUCUCCAGAGACUGCAAGAAAGUCCAGGAGGCCAUUGAGGAGGGUAUAGCAGCCGCCAUCAUGUUUAAGCCUGAUAUGGAGACUCAGCUGUCUGAGACUCAGCUCCGUGUGGCUUUUGACGGGGACGCUGUGCUCUUUUCUGAUGAGUCAGAGAUCAUAGUGAAACAGCAUGGCUUGGACACAUUCUUUGCGCAUGAAAAACAGCAUGAGAACAAACCACUCGCACAGGGUCCGCUGAAAUGCUUUUUGGAGGCUCUAGGGAAGCUCCAGAAGAAAUUCUACGCCAAAAACGAGCGACUGAACUGCCCUAUCCGUACCUUCUUGGUGACGGCCAGAAGCGCGGCCAGCUCUGGGGCCCGUGUGCUUAAAACACUCAGAAGCUGGGGCCUGGAGAUCGAUGAGGCUUUGUUCCUCGCUGGGGCCCCUAAAGGACCCCUGCUGCAGAAGAUUCGCCCGCACAUAUUCUUUGAUGACCAGAUGUUCCACAUUGAGGGGGCCAAAGAGAUGGGUACUAUUUCUGCCCAUGUGCCAUAUGGUAUAGGACAGAAAUAUAACAAAGGGAAGCUGAUUGAACCAGAAAAGCAGCAGAAAUAAGAGAUCUUAGUGAAGUUCAUUAUAUAGCUUAUACUGUUUUAGAUGAAGAUAUUGUUACCUUACCUGUAAUGCUUUACGAUGGAAACAUAUCAUAGGAACUGCUGUGUAGAAGUAUGUUUUCUAAACAUACAUAUUUUUUUCCUCGCACAAAAACUUUGCUGAUGAAAUUGUUUUAUUAGCAAUGAUGCUGGAAAAAUAUUUUUUAGGUUAUUGGACAUAUCAAAGGCUUACUGUAUAAUGCUUUGAUAUUUCUUUUUAUCUUUUUUAUUCUUUAUAUAGAUCUCUCUAUAUAUCUGUCUAUCUAUGUACUUUAUUUUUUACAAUUCUUUAUAUAGAUACAUAGAUGCCAUAUUUAUAAGAAAUAUAUGGGAAUAUUUGUUUUACAUUUUAUAGGGGUUCAUAUAACAAGAAGAUUUGCUUUACACAUUAAUAAAGGGCUAUUUAAAAAAAAAUAGAAAUUUAAACACUUUUAAAUGUUUUUGGUCAGUAGGUUUUCAUAAUAGAUAACAUCUGGCUGUUCAGAAUGCACUGUUCUUAUUUUUGAGGAAGAAAGUACAUCACUUCAGAAUUCAUUAUCAUUAUUAGAGUUUUCUGUGCAAUUCAGGAUGAUUAUGUGCCCAUUAUGGUGCUUUUGGUUGCAAACGUUUACUGUGGUGAUAUGUUCUCAUCAGUGUUCUCCGGGGUUAAUUUGCUUUCCACACGUUGCUUGUUUUGCAAAUGACAGUUACAUAAUGUGUUGACGUCUAUGCUUGUAUUAAAAUGAUCAAAAACACUAUUGAUUGGUAUUAAGGUUAUGUUGCAUGUCACUGAAUUACAUAAUAAUUUUGUAAAGCUGUUAUGUGAUGCCAGCAUAAGCUUCCAAACUCCAGAUGUAAAUGCACUGCCAUUUGUAUGUUUACAAAUGUGACCAAGCAGUUUCACUAAAUUUUUCAUUUUUUUUUUGCUGCAUUGGUUUUGUUUUGGUUUCAGGCUGUUUUUUUUUUUUGGUGGGGUGGGGGGUGGGGGGGUUAGAUACAACUGAAUUCCAGACUUGUAAUCAUGAUAAAUAAAGUUUAAAAAAAAAAAAAAAAAAAAAAGGUGUCCACUUGCUUAAACAAGUAGUUAACUGGCUCGCUUUCAUGUUGUUCCAAACCUGUAUUGCGUUCUACUAUGGAGC